CGGGCUCAGCCCCGGUUCCCCGUCAUGAAUAUUCACGGACCCGGCCCGGCCCCCGGCGGGAGGCGGCCGGUGCCGGGUUCACCUUGACCGGGAGCCACCGGGGCAGCGGCAGGUAAACGGCACCUGCCCGCAGACCCCAACCCCCGGGACCCCCGGGCCGGGCGGCCACAGCGGAGGCGUGGGAGGUGCAGGGGCUGGUGGCGAUGGCCGACAGCCACGGCUGGUGGAAGCUGACCUUCCUGCGGAAGCGCCAGUCGGUGCCCACGGUGCUGUACGAGAGCCCCGACAGCCACGCUGCCGCCACCGCCACCACCGCCACCGGUGGGACGCGGGAAGGGCCGGCUGAGGAGGGGGCCCCUGGCUUCGCCGCCCGCCUGGAGAAGCUCGUGGACAAGAGCAGCAAGGGCAAACACGUCAAGGUCUCCAACUCGGGGCGCUUCAAGGAGAAGAAGAAAGUGCGGGCGACGCUGGCUGAGCACCCCAACCUCUGUGCUGCUGGAGAGCGGGAGGAGAAAUGACCCAUCUGGCUGUCACCUUGUCACCCUCCGGCUGCCACCCCCGGCUGCCCAGGCUCUGUCCCUCCCGGGGACACAGGACCGCGAGGCUUUGGAGGGGGACAGGACUUGGACCGGAGUUUCUCCAAGGGAGAAGCAAGGAGCCUGCUGAAUUGCAGCCCCCGUGCUGGCGGCACCCCGGGGGGAACUGGGGGAACUAGGGAGCAGAGCCAGGCACUGCCCAUCCCUCCCAGCCCCCUGCGGGCAUGGGGGGCCCCCCGUGGCUGACUGGUUCAUACUGGGAUGAGGAUGCUCAUCACUUGGUCGCUUGCUGUGGACCACCAGAGCCAAUCAUUCACCCAGCUCUGCCCCAAGCGCGACAGCCCCGAUCCCCUUCCCCCUUCCCGAUCCCCAUCCUGAUCCCUUCCUGCCUGGGCAAGUCCUGGGGACCCCCAGCUCGUCUCCCAAGGGGCCGCGUGGCCGCGGGCAGAGCCACCACCACCACGUCCAUGCCAGCAGCCACCCCCACACCAGGGGACAUGACACCUCCCUGCUCCAGGGGAACGACACCCACCCACCCCCCUCCCCCAGCUGCCUCCAUGGGGGCUGUGGAACCCUCCGGGCUUCCCGGGAGGAGCCGUUUUCCCACUCGCAUCCAGGAAUCGCUCCCGGAACGGUGGGAGCCGACCACGGCACGCGGUGCCAGGGCCAGCUCGCAGCCCCGGCGUUUGUGGGGGUGGCUGGAAGCUGAGCCCUCUGCCAGCUCUGGCAACUGCUGGUAAUUAACUGUUGUUAAUAAACCAGGUCUGGACGCAAA